AUGGCAGUCAGCCCUUUAGAGGCCGCUCUUAUAGAGACAUGGUCCCUGUUCGCCGUGGGAAGUAUUUUCAUCAUGCUGAGAGUUUUCUCGCGGCUGCGUAUGGUGGGAAUUUCUGGGUUUUGCGCUGAUGACUAUAUGGUCUUUUUCGCAUGGGCAUGCUAUGCUGUAAUGACGGUAGCAGCACAUAUCGUAGCGGGAACCGGCGACACCUCGUACCUGACACCAGAGCAGCUUCGAUCCAUGACACCAGAGCAAGUAGUGUUGCGCCAGAACGGAACCAAGUGGUUCAUGGUCGGAUGGUACACAUACGUCGGUCUCAUUUGGACGUUGAAACUGAACAUGCUGUUUUUCUAUCGGCGUGUCGUCAGCGUCGUAUGGGUAAACAAGUUCCUCGUUCCAACAAUGGUAUUUGUGGGUGGGAGUGGUGUCUCCAUCUGGAUCCUGUUCGCAUUAGGAUGUCGCCCAUUCGAUAAGCUAUGGCAGGUUUACCCUCAUCCAGGACCAUAUUGCACGCCGCAAAGCCCAGCGUUUUUAAUUACGGUCCUCACACUGAACCUCCUGACGGAUACUUGCAUCAUCCUUAUUCCGAUUCCUAUUAUACUUCCUCUGAGAAUAUCAUGGCCUCGCAAGCUUGGACUCGUGAUUCUUUUCUGUGCGGGUAUUUUCAUCAUGACCGCUGCUAUCUUACGAGUCUGUUUUGUUCUCAAGCUUAAACAAGGAGAGACAGCUGCCAUCUGGUCAUGUCGAGAAGAUGUCGUCGCGGUCAUCAUUGGCCAGGCUACCAUGAUCCGCCCCCUUUUUACUCGCCGAUUCUGGACCAACAAACCGACGGGCUCCUCCGCCUACGCAUCAAAUCAGCCAUCAAAUGGAAAUGAGUCGCAUGAGCUAUCUCGUUCAGGCAAUCCUAGCUCAAAGGCUUCGUGGCUACGCCUACGGCCAGUGAAAGAUCAGUAUGACGUGAGUGUUCUCCGUACCAAAGCGAACGAAAGCGAGGAGGAGAUCGUUGGAAAUGGCCAAAAGAUUGGGUUUGUUCAAAAUCCACCAAGCCCGACUAGUGACCAGAGCGAUUACAAGCUAGCAAGAGGCAUCACCAUCAAGAGGGAGAUUGGCAUCUCAAGAGAAGAUGGCAAGCAUGAAUAUCAACAAAAUUGGAAGGCCGUAUAG